UGUUGGAAACGCAGAGCAUCAAUGGAGAUAUAGAAUUUUCAAAUCUGAUAAACGCCUGCAGAAAUGGAAAUUGCCUUGAAUUGGCUGCAGAAGGCAUACUUAACCAUUAUCCAUGUAAGGAUACAUUUCUGUGUGGUUGUCCAGAAUCAUUCUUCUUCAGUAAUGAAAUAUACAAAUAUCCUAAAUGUCUACAAAUCAAUCCAGAGCUUGGAUGUUUCGAUGCUGAUAUUCGCUGCAUUACUUCAAGAGCUUAUAGAGCUGGUUUCUUAAACCAAACGGGAAAUCUAACGACUGAUGAAGCAAAGGUUUUUAAUUUCUCUGCCAAGUGCGACGAUACAAAUAUUCAAUGUGUUGUUUCAAAACUCUCAUUUCCAUUGUGUCAAACGACUAACAAAAGCAUUCAAUGUAAGACGUUCUCCAAAACUGAUGACAAAUGGAGAACCACCACUGUAGUUACGAUUUGUGUGAUUGUAUGUGGCCUUGUCAUGUAUGGUAUUUACUGGAUAUACAGAAAGUUUCAAAAUAAAGUCAUCAAAAAUCAACCCAAAGAACAUUUGUUACAAGCAAGCCAAUCAGACGCUCGGGGCACAGCGGAACACCGACAUUUACAAGGCAGUGAAACUAACGAUGAUGACUCGGAUUUUAUGUCUCUCGUAGAAGCAUGUAGAGAGGGAGAUGUAAAUAGAUAUCAUAAGCUAACAACACCACUAGAAUUUAACAAAGACUUGCUGAAAAUGAAGGAUAACAUGGGCUGGACGGUCCUUUUUCAUGCUGUAUAUGGAGGAAGCCAUGAUAUAGUGUACAGUCUAGUGGGUUACAAAGAGAUGGAUUUAUAUCAAAGAGACAACAUCGGGAGAACCGUUCUGCAUUUGGCUGCAAAAAAAGGGAACAUCGAAACUUUUGACGCCAUUCUGCAAAAGGUUUCUGAAAUCGAUUUAAUGCAGAUAAAGGACAAAAAUGGACUGAUGCCGUACUGUUACGCCGCCCUAGCAGGACAAAAGAGUAUAUUGGAGGACAUGAGAAGCAGAGGAUUCGAUAUUACGAAGGUAACAAAAUACGGUGAAUCCAUUGCACAUCUAGCUUGUAUCGGAGAAAGCUUAGAUGUUCUGAACAUGGCUUCCAAAAUUGAUGAAGAACAUAGUACACAGGAAUCGAUGAACAAUGAAGAAGAAAUCAUCAAGAGAAAAAAUAAGAUGGACUGGAAUACCCUCCAAUAUGCAGCAAAGUCUGGAAACACAAAAAUCUUAAAAUUCUUGCAUGACAAAAAUGUUCUUUUGCAUAAUCCAACCGAAGAUAUGAAAUCUGUCUUGCAUUCUGCUUGUGAGAAUGGACAUCUUGAAGCGUGCAAGUAUAUCGCUCAACAUUAUCCUGAACGUAUACAUGCAACUGAUAAGAAUGGGAGACAUGCUGGCCAUUUCGUGGCUAAAUGUGGAGAUGUGGAACUUCUGAAAUAUCUUAUUGAGGAUUGUAAGCUGCAAGCAAAUGCAUCAUCAUCACAAAACAUUAAUAUUCUUCAUAUUGCAUGUUGUCAUGGGAGACUCGAUAUUUGUAUAUAUAUCGCAGAUAAAUAUCCAGAUUUAGUUAAACAAGAGAGCAAAAAGGGCUGGAAUGCAUCUUUGUUUAUAGGAGAAAAAGGGGGAGCUGAUGAAGACAGGAUAGAAAUUUUGAAGAAUUUAGUGAAUAACCACAAUCUCUUUGUGUAUCACGUUUCCAGAGCUGGAAAAACGAUUCUGUACAAUGCGUGUGCCAACAGAUCAUACAUGCUAUGUGAACACCUUCUUGAAAACUAUCCAAAUCUUUUAACUGUUGAACGUUCAAUGGACCCUCGAAAUGCUGCAAGAGAUUCGAGGAUAACCACUCUAAUAUAGAGAAAUACCACUAAAGAAUGGCAAUUCUAGCUUCAAUUACAGAGAAGAGACCAUAUAAAUCAAGGUCGCGGUCGCCAAUAGGUGCUGACAUGAAAAAUAA